GGAUGCAUCAAUGUGAAUUCAUGGAUCGAUGUCGUUCGUUCAACCAAGCAGCGUAGUGAAGACACAUCUCGGUUGUCUGUCUGUGUGUCUGUCUGUCUGUCUGUCUGUCUGAGUGUACCAUCCGUCGCCCGCCAGCUACUACACACAGGGGCGUGGCGUCACAGACAUACAAACGCCACAUGAAUCAAUAAAUAAAAAAAUACGGACCUACAGCCAGACGUACGGUACACAACUCGAUCACAACGACCGACAAGAAAUACAUACGACCUCAGAAACUAAGGGGAGAUCCACAGCCUCAUGCCCUCUCACACACCCGGGGCCUCCCUCGACUACGAACGAAUUGCAACGACAAGACGACACACGGCUGUGGUCCACGCAUCGCAUCAUAGCUAUGAUAUCACAUGGCAGCGACGGCGAGCACAUCGUCUUGGCUGUCAAGGUGCAUGGGGAGCAUCCAGAGGCCGAACUCGAACAAGGCGGGCGACCCGUCGGGUGCGGUGGGGUGGACGAGGUGGGGCUCGUACACACACGGAUACCAACUCACCUCGCCACCCACACCCAUGUGCCUGCCAUGCCGCGGGCAGCCACACAUACAGACACACACAUGAAUUCUCCUGUCUCUGUGAAUGGAUGGAUGGCUGGAUGGCGUGCGUACCGACCUGUGGUCAAGGUGCAAGUGGACGGGCGAUUUGAUGUGAGCAUUGGUGUCGACCUGUAUGCCCUGGCCGAUGUCGCUGGUGUGUGCGGCGCCCAUCAGCUCUUUCACGCUGUAACGAGACGCAUUCAUCUGCAGCACGGGGGCUGUGGCUGCGGGCGGGGAGGUGGUGUCGCGCUGCUGCAGAGGGAAGGCCUUGAAGUGGGCCGCCUUGAUGAGGAGGCAGCUGCCGGCGGUGUGCAGGGCCGCCCACUGCACGUCACACUUGCCGCCAUGCUCGGAGGGCUUGACGUAGGGGACGUACUGCUCGUCCACUGUGCUCCGAUACACACCCUGCACACGCACACACAUCCACACACACGGAUACCACAGCAUCAUCCCAUCCACGGCACGGGCGUGGGUUGGGUACAUUGCCUCACUGCACUGACCUCGAAUGCGCUCGAUUUUCUGUCGCUGUAGUUCUCGUGCGGCCCUCUGCCUUUCCACACGAGCUGGCGGAAUGUGGGCGGCAUCAUCAUGUGCAGACCCACACGUGGCAGGGGCGGCAUGAUGGCGGCCGCCUUGGGUGUCACGCACACACGGCAUCCGAGAUGCACCGCACCAGUGGGGAAGAUCGUGUAGUGGUAGUCCACCUGCACAGAUAGAUGCAAUCAGACAGACGGUCCGGUCUGCUUGUGUCAGUCGGUGUGGGCCUCCCUCCCUCCCCAGGUGUGUGUGUGUUACCUCGAAGUAAGGAUCGACUGCGUGGUUGGGUGCGAUGGUCUGGGAGAAGGACACCUCGGCGACAGUCAUGCUGCCGCCCGCUAUAGGAUCCUCCAGUGUGCGGAUGUGCGCAUCAAAGUGCACGAUUGGCUUGUGCAGCUCGAACAGUUUGGCCUUCUCCCAACGAGACGCGUAGCUGAUGCCCUCACGACCUGGAGGUCUGAUGAAUGACACACACCACACCACACCACACGCACACGCGCAUUGUGUGUGCUCUAGGGAAUGUACUUGAUGCAGUAUUUGUUUCCCGUAUCCCUCACUUGUGUGUGGCGAUUCUCAGUAUGUUGCCCAGUCCCCUCGCCAACACCUGGCUGGCAAUGUCGAGGGCACCGCCAGCAGUCGCUCCCCCGCGAUCGUUGUCAGUCGGGGCCCGCACGAAGCACACCGACGGGCCAUGACCAUCCCAAAUGUACUCAAUCGCAAGCUCCCUGACCGCCCACAUCGUGAGUCAGGCAUACGGAACACAUGCAUCCUUUUGUCCCGCCCUCCCCAUGCCAUGCCUACCUGGAAGGCUUCCUCGUGAGGUCACCCCACUCCUGGUGUGACCGUGGAAUGGCCACCCAUGAGAUGAGGCCCCCCAGUCGGCUCCGGUCGAAGGCCAGCUUGAAGUCACCUCCACGCACAGCCACGUAGUCACCGCAGUCCUCUAUCGUCAGCUCUCUGUCGGCAUCAGCAUCAGCAGCAGCACCAACAGCGGGCGGGGCGCGCAGGAGGGCGUGGGGGUCGGGGACGGCUUGAACGGCAUCGCGGAGGCUGUCAGUAAGAGUCAGGCGCUCGGUCGCCACCACAUGGCUGCACCAUGCCAGCAGAGACACACAGCGUUCGUUAUGUGGUGCCGCUUGUCUGUCCCGUGCCGGCGUACCCUGCAUCGGCCCAUUUGGUCGUCUUGGUGAGGAUGGCCCUCAGAGUGAGCCACACGUCAGGCAUGCAGCCCCCCUUGCCUCUGGGCGGCAUCCUGCCCUCGAUCGUGACCUCCUCGCAUGCACCAGCCUCGACCGCCGGGUACUCGACUGCCCGGCUGUCGUAGAAGUCGAAUGCGGUGUCCGUGCUGAAUGCAGCCUCCAAGUGGAUCAUGUCUUGUGUGACGCUCUGGUGGAUGUGUCGGUUGGUCACGCGGAUCGUGACGGUGACCAUGCCGCCACGACCCUGUAGACCUGCCUUGGCACUGAGGAGGUGGAAAGCCAAAGGCUGGUAGAAGUACUUGACCUCGUGCAUGCAGGGCUUGAUGGUGCGGUCGGGCAGCACAAGGCCGUUGAUGUUGAAGUUGGCAUCGUUGAUGGUGUCGCCGAAGUCGCCGCCAUAGGCCCAGCACUCGAUCUUGUUGAAGGUCUUGGGGACGCCCUGGUCGACCCAGUCCCAUAUGAAGCCGCCCUGCAGGUUUGCGUGGCGGCUGAAGACCUCCCAGUAGUCCCUGAAGCUGCCGUUGGAGUUGCCCAUGGCGUGCUGGUACUCGCACAGGAUCAUCGGACGCCUGUCUGCCUGCUGCUUGCCGUACUGCUCCACCACCUCGACAGGCGGAUACAUGGGGCACUUGAUGUCCGACACCUCUACGGGCGACCCGUCACACUCAUACUGCACCGGCCGGGUGGGGUCGUAUCGCUUCAGCCACCGGUAAGCCGCCCGCACGUUUGGCCCGGUGCCGGCCUCGUUGCCGAGCGACCAUACGAUAAUGGACGGAUGGUUCUUGUCCCGCUGGGCCAUGCGGGUGACUCGAGCCAGCCACUGGUUGCGGUACUCGGGGUCUGACGCCAGGCGGCCGAAGGGAAUUUCACUCUGGUUGAAGAGAAUGUACCUGUGGGAGACAGACGGGGAGGGGCGAUUGUGGCGUGCGGUGUGUGUACGCGUGGGUGUUACUUGGCGAUGGGCGAGUAGCCAGUGGGCGUGUCGCCAUGGCACUCAAUGUUGGCCUCGUCGACAACUGAUCACACGUGCAGUGCACACAGGCAGGCGGAUAAGGCAUUGCAAUGGGGAGGCAUAUGAUGUAUGUGUGUGUUGUGGUCGUCUGACCGAAGAGGCCGAGUUCGUCGCACAUGUCGUAGAGGAAGGGUGCGUUGGGGUAGUGCGACGUCCGGACGGCAUUGAUGUUGUGCUGCUUCAUCAGACGCAAAUCGUCCCACGCCGACUGAAGCGACACCGCCUUGCCUGAGCCACAGGACACACAUCAAGACGCCACGCUCAUCCAGCCCUUGUCAUCCCAUGGUCUGGUUGCUCUCUGCACCUGCUUUUGGGUCAUGCUCAUGUCGGUUGACGCCCCUGACGACAAUCGGCCGGCCGUUGACCAUCAGCUGGCUGUCGCAUAUCUCCACCGUGCGGAAGCCGACCCUCACGCCCUCCCACUGCAACGCCUCAUGCUGGCCCCCCUCCACCAGACCGAUUGUCAGGAAAUACAAACUGGGCGUCUCGGCGGUCCAGGGCCGGACAGACGGCACACGAACCGUCCAUUCGACACAUGCGCCAUGCUCCUGGUCCCUGAUUGUCUCGGCCAGGAGGGGGGUCUCUUCGCGGCGCGUGGAUGUUGGUGCAUCGGGUGCUGUCCGUUGACCGCUUGUGACGUUCUCUGUGUGCUCGAAAAUCGGCGACAUGGCCUGGUUGACACAUGACGAUCAGAUCUCUGUGGACGGAGCAAGAUGCUAGCGGCGUGUGUGGUGAUUUACCGGCAAUCGGAUGUCUUGUGGAGUCGACGGGUCCAUGGUGAGGCCCUCCCAAUCGUAGAGGCGGAACUGGACAGAGUAGCUCCUGCCGUCCUCGAGGCCGGCAAGCUGCACACGAGCCUUCAAUAUGCCAUCCCUGCACACACACGCAUAUAUAUGUACACGUACGCCCUUGCUGUUCGUUCCUCUUUGCUGUCUUACUGGUAUUUGUUGUCAAGCGUGGCCUGCACGCCGUAGUCGCUGAUGGCCGUGACGGGUGCCGCGAAAAGCUCAACGUCUCUGAAUAUCCCCGACGUCCACCAGUGGUCCUGAUCUUCGAUGUAGCUGCCGUCAGAGAACCGCAUGACCUGCACUGCGAUCGUGUUGGUGGCGUCGUCUCCAAGCCUCACCAGAGCCGUGACGUCGAACUCGCUGGGCAUGAAGGAGUCCUGCGCAUAGCCCACCGGCUGGCCAUUGACCCACACGUAGUAGGCCGACGACACGCCGCCAAAGGUGAGGAGGAUGCGGCGGCCGGCCCAGGAUGACGGCAGAGAGAAGUCCCUGAGGUAGCAGCCUGUUGGGUUGUCGCUCGCCGGCACGUAUGGAGGGUUGCACACAAACGGAUACCUACAAGAACCACGAGCAGAGAGAGGAAAUGGCACACAUCUAUGGUUGGGCCCUCCGGCUGGCGUUGCCCCCUUCCGCCCUGCCUCACUUGACGUUGGUGUAGAUGAGGUGUGAGUAUCCCUCGAAUUCCCAGUUGGAUGGCACGUUGAUGCGGUCCCAGUCCCUCUCACUCCCGGCACGCUUGUAGAACUCACGCCAAUCCACAUUGCCUGCCAGCGCGGUGGGCGACGGAAACAGUUUGAACCGCCACUGGCCGUUCAGACACUUGGUCUGCUGCGGCCUGGCGCCCUCCUCAGGCAUGGACCGUCGUGGGUGGUAGGUCUUGAGGGCCAUUGCAGCCGACUCAGAGGGAUGGUAGGAGAGGGGGCUGUGCAUGGGCAGCCGAUUCUUGCCAUAAACCUGAGUGAGGACCAGAACACGCGCAGGCAGUCCAGAGACUAUGCAGCUCACCCUCUCAGACUGUGAUCCUCCAGCAUCUGGGUGUACCUGUGGGUUCUGCCAGUCCUUCUUGCGCCUCGCGUCCGUCAUGACGACACCCAAGAGAUAGCAGACAGCAGCGGCCGCAAGCUUCACCCACAAAGGCAUGUGCAGCCCGAUCACGAGCAUCACACAGCUCACUGCAGCGGAAUGGAAAACAGCCCGUCUGAAGCACUGCCAGUGCCUCCCCGUGGACAGCACAAGCCACUGAAGGUCCUCAAAGUAGCGGACUUGCCACACGAGCGCCAGCCAGGCAGUAAAGGCCGCCAGCGACCACAGGGGGUACUGCAGGAUGGCAGAUCCCAUCGCCAAGCUGGCCACUGCGCAGAACCAUGGCGAUAGCAAGAUGGGCGAGAAUGCCGUUCGGCUGCAGCCCAUCCUGCCGCUCUGGCGCUGACACUCGCGAGACGGCGAGUCGGUUGUUGCUGUUUCAGGCGACGAUGGGCUCCCGGUUGCUUGCUUGCUUUCGACGAGCAGUUCCCUCAGCUCCUCACUCCUCCCGGUAGGAGAGGAAGAUUCGAGCAUUCGAU